AUGGCUGCCCCCAACGGCAGUGCGCCUGUCAACGGCCAGGACAGCUCCAAUGCCGCUAAAUACAACCUCCCCUCACAUUUCAUCGGUGGUAACCACCUCGACGUAGCGCCGCCCAGCUCCGUUAAGGAUUUCGUUGCCAACCAUGGCGGUCACUCCGUCAUUACUUCGGUCCUCAUCGCCAACAACGGUAUUGCCGCCGUCAAGGAGAUCCGUUCAGUGCGGAAAUGGGCCUACGAGACCUUUGGCAAUGAGCGUGCCAUCCAGUUCACCGUCAUGGCCACCCCCGAGGAUCUGCGCGCCAAUGCCGAUUACAUCCGUAUGGCUGAUCAAUAUGUCGAGGUCCCCGGUGGUACCAAUAAUAAUAAUUACGCCAACGUCGAGUUGAUCGUCGAUGUCGCCGAGCGCAUGGAUGUCCAUGCCGUCUGGGCUGGUUGGGGUCACGCCUCCGAGAACCCUCGGUUACCCGAGUCUCUCGCGGCUUCGCCCAAGAAGAUCAUUUUCAUUGGCCCCCCCGCCUCGGCCAUGCGCUCCCUGGGUGACAAGAUCUCUUCUACCAUUGUCGCACAGCACGCCGGUGUGCCCUGUAUUCCCUGGUCCGGUACCGGUGUUGAGGAGGUGACGAUCGACGACAAGGGCAUUGUCACCGUCGAGGAUGAUGUCUACAGCCGUGGUUGCACGCACUCGCCUCAAGAAGGUCUCGAGAAGGCUCGCGAGAUCGGCUUCCCCGUCAUGAUCAAGGCUUCCGAAGGUGGUGGUGGUAAGGGUAUCCGUAAGGUCGAGAACGAGGACGACUUUGUCUCCUUGUACAAUGCCGCCGCCAACGAGAUUCCCGGUUCCCCCAUUUUCAUCAUGAAGCUCGCUGGUAACGCCCGUCACUUGGAGGUCCAGCUUUUGGCUGAUCAGUACGGUAACAACAUCUCCCUCUUCGGCCGUGAUUGUUCCGUCCAGCGUCGUCACCAGAAGAUUAUCGAGGAGGCUCCCGUCACCAUUGCCAAGCCCAUCACUUUCCAGGCCAUGGAGAAGGCUGCCGUUAGCCUGGGUCGUCUGGUCGGUUACGUCUCUGCCGGUACCGUCGAGUACCUCUACUCGCACGCCGAUGACAAGUUCUACUUCCUCGAGUUGAACCCCCGUCUCCAGGUCGAGCAUCCCACCACCGAGAUGGUCUCCGGUGUCAACUUGCCCGCCGCUCAGCUUCAGAUUGCCAUGGGUAUCCCCCUACACCAGAUCCGUGACAUUCGUCUGCUCUACGGUGUCGACCCCAACACUUCCUCCGAGAUCGAUUUCGACUUCUCCAGCGAGGAGAGCUUCAAGACCCAGCGCCGUCCCCAGCCCAAGGGCCACACCACCGCUUGCCGUAUCACCUCUGAGGAUCCCGGUGAGGGCUUCAAGCCCUCCAGCGGUACCAUGCACGAGCUGAACUUCCGUUCUUCGUCCAAUGUCUGGGGUUACUUCUCCGUCGGUACUGCCGGUGGUAUUCACAGUUUCUCCGACAGUCAGUUCGGUCACAUUUUCGCCUACGGUGAGAACCGUUCGGCCUCGCGGAAGCACAUGGUCGUUGCGCUGAAGGAGCUGAGCAUUCGUGGUGAUUUCCGUACCACCGUUGAGUACCUGAUCAAGCUGCUCGAGACUCCCGCUUUCGAGGACAACACCAUCACCACCGGAUGGUUGGACCAGCUGAUCUCCAACAAGCUGACUGCUGAGCGCCCCGACCCCAUCGUCGCUGUUAUCUGCGGUGCCGUCACCAAGGCUCACCUUUCCAGCGAGGCUGGUAUCGAGGAGUACCGCAAGGGUCUCGAGAAGGGUCAGGUCCCCUCUAAGGAUGUCUUGAAGACCGUCUUCCCCGUGGACUUCAUCUACGAGGGCUCCCGCUACAAGUUCACUGCCACCCGUGCCGGUCUGGACAGCUACCACUUGUUCAUCAACGGUUCCAAGUGCUCCGUCGGUGUCCGUGCUCUGGCUGACGGUGGUCUGCUGGUUCUGCUCGAUGGCCGCAGUCACAACGUCUACUGGAAGGAGGAGGCCGCUGCCACCCGUCUGAGCGUGGAUGGCAAGACCUGCCUUUUGGAGCAGGAGAACGACCCCACUCAGCUGCGCUCCCCCUCCCCCGGUAAGCUGGUCAAGUUCACUGUCGAGAACGGUGAGCACGUCCGUGCCGGCCAGCCCUACGCCGAGGUUGAGGUCAUGAAGAUGUACAUGCCCCUCAUUGCUCAGGAGGAUGGUAUUGUGCAGCUGAUCAAGCAGCCCGGUGCCACUCUCGAGGCUGGUGACAUCCUCGGAAUUCUCGCUCUGGAUGACCCCUCGCGCGUCAAGCAUGCCCACCCCUUCACUGGCCAGCUCCCCGAGAUGGGUGCUCCCGUGGUCGUCGGUACCAAGCCUCCUCAGCGCUUCCAGCUCCUCCACACCAUUCUGGAGAACAUCCUUCGCGGUUUCGACAACCAGGUCAUUAUGAAUACCACCCUGAAGGAGCUGGUUGAGGUCCUCCGCAACCCCGAGCUGCCCUACGGCGAGUGGAAUGCUCAGUCCUCGGCUCUGCACUCCCGCAUGCCCCAGAAGCUCGAUGCCCAGCUCCAGACCAUCGUCGACAAGGCCAAGGCCCGCAAGGCUGAGUUCCCUGCUAAGCAGCUUCAGAAGACUAUCGUCCGCUUCAUUGAGGAGAACGUCAACCCUGCCGAUGCCGAGAUCCUCAAGACCACCAUCCUGCCCCUGGUCCAGGUUAUCAAUAAGUACCUGGAUGGCCUGAAGACCAACGAGUACAACGUGUUCAUUGGCCUUCUCGAGCAGUACUACGAGGUCGAGAAGCUGUUCAGCACUGGUACCAAGCGCGAUGAGGAUGUGAUCCUGAAGCUUCGUGAGGAGAACAAGGAGGACAUUGUCCCCGUCAUCCACACCGUUCUCUCUCACAGCCGCAUUGGUUCCAAGAACAACUUGGUCCUUGCCAUCCUGGACAUGUACCGCCCCAACCAGCCCAACGUUGAGAACGUCGGCAAGCACUUCAAGUCCAUCCUCAAGAAGCUCACUGAGCUGGAGGCUCGCGCCGCUGCCAAGGUUACCCUCAAGGCCCGUGAGGUUCUCAUCCAGUGCGCUCUGCCUUCCCUGGAGGAGCGUCUCUCCCAGAUGGAGCACAUUCUCCGCUCCUCGGUCGUCGAGUCCCGCUACGGUGAGACUGGCUGGGAGCACCGUGAGCCCGACUUCGGUGUCCUCAAGGAAGUUGUCGACUCCAAGUACACCGUCUUCGAUGUCUUGCCUCGCUUCUUCAUCCACUCCGACCCCUGGGUUACUCUCGCUGCUCUCGAGGUCUACGUGCGCCGUGCCUACCGUGCCUACACCCUGAAGGGCAUUGAUUACACUGCCGGUCCUGAGCCUCCUAUUCUGUCUUGGGACUUCACCCUCGGCAAGCUCGGCCAGCCUGAGUUCGGCUCCGUCUCCUCUACUCAGCCCUCCACUCCCAGCACCCCCACCGCCGAGGCCAGCAACCCCUUCAAGCGGAUCAACUCUAUCAGUGACAUGUCCUACCUGGUCAACGACCCCUCCAGCGACCCCAUUCGCAAGGGUGUUAUCAUCCCCAUCCAGUACCUUGAGGAUGCUGAGGAGUACCUGUCCAAGGCUCUGGAGGCCUUCCCUCGUGCCGGCUCCAAGACUAAGCGUCCUGGUGACAACGGCCUGAUCGCCAACCUGGAGGGCAAGCGCCGUCCUGCUGUCAAGCCUACCGAGAGCGACGAGCUUACCGGUGUCCUCAACAUCGCUAUCCGUGAUAUCGAGGACCAGGAUGAUUCUCAGAUCGUGGGCCAGAUGCAGAAGCUGCUGGCUGAUGCCAAGGACGAGCUCCUGUCCCGCCGCAUCCGUCGCGUCACCUUCAUCUGUGGCAAGAACGGUGUCUACCCCGGCUAUUUCACCUUCCGUGGCCCCAGCUACGAGGAGGACGAGAGUAUCCGUCACAGUGAGCCUGCCCUUGCCUUCCAGCUUGAGCUUGGCCGUCUGUCCAAGUUCAAGAUCAAGCCCGUCUUCACUGAGAACCGUAACAUCCACGUUUACGAGGCUAUCGGCAAGGGUCCUGAGAACGAUAAGGCUGUUGACAAGCGUUACUUCGUCCGUGCCGUCGUGCGUCCCGGUCGUCUCCGUGAUGAUAUCCCCACUGCGGAGUACCUCAUCUCCGAGGCUGAUCGUCUGAUGAACGAUAUUCUGGAUGCCCUUGAGAUCAUUGGCAACAACAACUCUGAUCUUAACCACAUCUUCAUCAACUUCUCUCCCGUCUUCAACCUGCAGCCCAUUGAUGUCGAGCAGGCUCUUGCUGGCUUCCUGGACCGCUUUGGCCGCCGCCUGUGGCGCCUGCGUGUCACCGGUGCUGAGAUCCGCAUCCUCUGCACUGAUCCCACCACUGGCAUGCCCUACCCUCUGCGUGUCAUCAUCAGCAACACCUACGGUUUCAUCAUCCAGGUCGAGCUGUACAUUGAGCGCAAGUCCGAGAAGGGCGAGUGGAUCUUCCAGAGCAUUGGUGGCACCAACAAGCUCGGCUCCAUGCACAUGCGUCCCGUCUCUACUCCUUACCCGACCAAGGAGUGGCUCCAGCCUAAGCGUUACAAGGCUCACCUCAUGGGAACUCAGUACGUGUACGAUUUCCCCGAGCUGUUCCGCCAGGCCUUCCAGAACAGCUGGACCAAGGCUGUCGAGACCAUCCCCUCGCUCGCUUCGCAGCGCCCUCCCACUGGCGAGUGCAUCGACUACAGCGAGUUGGUUCUCGAUGACACCGACAACCUGGUUGAAGUUUCCCGCGAGCCGGGCACCAACACCCACGGUAUGGUCGGUUGGAUCGUCACUGCUCGUACUCCCGAGUACCCCCGCGGCCGUCGCUUCAUCAUCGUCGCCAACGACAUCACCUUCCAGAUUGGUUCGUUCGGUCCCCAGGAAGACAAGUUCUUCCACAAGUGCACUGAGCUCGCUCGCAAGCUGGGUAUUCCCCGCAUCUACCUGUCUGCCAACUCCGGUGCUCGCAUUGGUAUGGCCGAUGAGCUGAUCCCUUACUUCUCCGUUGCUUGGAACGAUGCCGAGAAGCCCGAGGCUGGCUUCAAGUACUUGUACCUCACCCCCGAGGUCAAGAAGCGCUUCGAUGCCAGCAAGAAGAAGGAGGUCAUCACCGAGCUGAUCCACGAUGAGGGCGAGGAGCGCCACAAGAUCACCACCGUCAUUGGUGCCAAGGACGGUCUUGGUGUCGAGUGUCUGAAGGGCUCCGGUCUUAUUGCCGGUGCCACUUCCAAGGCUUACGAGGACAUCUUCACCAUUACCUUGGUCACUUGCCGUUCCGUCGGUAUCGGUGCCUACCUGGUCCGCCUUGGCCAGCGUGCCAUUCAGGUCGAGGGCCAGCCCAUCAUUCUGACUGGUGCUCCUGCCAUCAACAAGCUGCUCGGUCGCGAGGUUUACACCUCCAACCUGCAGCUUGGCGGUACUCAGAUCAUGUACAAGAACGGUGUCUCGCACAUGACUGCCAACGACGACUUCGAGGGUGUUGAGAAGAUUGUCGAGUGGAUGGGCUUCGUUCCUGACAAGAAGGGUGCCCCCAUCCCCAUCCGUCCCUGGUCCGACGACUGGGACCGCGAUGACGAGGAGGGCUUCCUCCCCGGUCUGUUCGACAAGGACUCCUUCGAGGAGGCCCUCGGUGGCUGGGCCCGCACCGUCGUUGUCGGCCGCGCUCGUCUCGGUGGUAUCCCCAUGGGUGUCAUCGCCGUUGAGACUCGCGCUGUCGAGAACGUCACCCCCGCUGACCCUGCCAACCCUGACUCUAUGGAGAUGAUCACCCAGGAGGCCGGUGGUGUCUGGUACCCCAACUCUGCGUACAAGACUGCUCAGGCUCUGCGUGACUUCAACCACGGUGAGCAGCUGCCCGUCAUGAUCCUGGCCAACUGGCGUGGUUUCUCCGGUGGUCAGCGUGACAUGUACAACGAGGUUCUCAAGUACGGUUCGUACAUUGUCGAUGCCCUCGUCAAGUACGAGCAGCCCAUCUUCGUGUACAUUCCUCCCUUCGGUGAGCUGCGUGGUGGUUCUUGGGUCGUCAUUGACCCGACCAUCAACCCUGACCAGAUGGAGAUGUACGCCGACGAGGACGCCCGUGGUGGUGUCCUCGAGCCCGAGGGUAUCGUCAACAUCAAGUACCGCCGUGACAAGCAGCUUGACACCAUGGCCCGUCUGGACGCCACCUACGGUGAGCUUCGCCGCUCUCUCGAGGACACCUCGCUGUCCAAGGAGCAGCUGUCUGCCAUCAAGACCAAGAUGGCCGAGCGCGAGGAGCAGCUGCUCCCCGUGUACCUGCAGAUUGCUCUGCAGUUCGCCGACCUGCACGACCGUGCCGGUCGCAUGCAGGCCAAGAACACCAUUCGCGCCCCUCUGCGCUGGCAGAACGCCCGUCGCUUCUUCUACUGGCGUCUGCGCCGUCGUCUGAGCGAGGAGCUGAUCGUCAAGCGCAUGGUCGCCGCCUCCACCACUCCUUCUUCCCGCACCGGCGCCAUCCCCUCGUCUACCGCUACCGCUGCCGAGACUGCCGUGCCCUCUGCCGAGUCCCCUCGCGCCGCUCACCUGCGCACCCUGCAUGCCUGGACUGGUAUGCUGGAUGAGGAGCUUGAGCACGAUGACCGCAAGGUUGCCAUGUGGUAUGAGGAGAACAAGAAGGCCGUCCAGGCUAAGGUUGAGACCAUGCGUACCGAGGGCGUUGCCUCUGAGGUCGCCUCCCUGUUGAUUGGUAACAAGGAGGGUGGUCUGCGUGGUGUGCAGCAGGUUCUUUCCAUGUUGCCCGUUGAGGAGCGUGAGAGUGUCCUGAAGUAUCUUGCUUCUGCUUAG